UGCGACACCGGGCGGAUUAACCCUUGACAGAGAGACGGCGCUUGGGGGCUGCGGAGAUCAGACGUGCCACGCAGCCUGACUCGGCUCCUUAAAGCCUCCCAGAGAGUUGGCUCAGCCAGACAGCGAAGUGCAGCAGGGACGGGAACGCUGCCGACCCACCAGCCAGCCUCACAAGUGGUGCCGAGAUGAGCAAUUGGACAGCCAGGCUGGAGGUGAUGGAGGCACCCCUGGGCCCUGCCCGUGGGGAGUGUGAGCCGAGUGACCCGGUGCAGUUUGUGCUGGUGCCCCUGGUGUACUGCCUGGUGCUCUGUGUGGGGCUGCCCGGCAACCUGGUGGCCCUGCUGGCCUUUCUGCAGAGCGGCCAGGUGAGGAAGGCCAUCCGCAUCUACCUCAUCAACCUCACGCUGGCCGACAUCCUCUUCAACCUCACCCUGCCCCUCUGGAUUCCCUACUACCUGGCCGGGGGGCACUGGGCCCUCUCGGACGCCACCUGCCGUCUGGCCGGCACGGCCUACUACACAGCCACCUACAGCGCCAUCGCCUUCAUGACCCUCAUCAGCUUCGAUCGCUACUGCACCGUCCGGGUGGCCAGGCUGGACCUGGCUCUGAACCGGCGCCACGGGGCUGUGGCAGCUUGCGUGCUGGUCUGGCUGCUGUGCUUGGGCUGUGCCAUCCCCUCUCUGGCAGCCCCGCAGACCUGGCCGGGCUCUAGGGGCACCAAGUGCUUUGAGCAGACUGCGUGGCACAGGAACUAUGCCUACGCCAUGGUGGGCUUCUUCGUGGCCUCCUUCCUGGUGGUGUUGGGUGCCUACGCCUCCAUCAUGAGGUCGCUCUCGGCCACUGCCUCCCCGGGCAGCCACCGCCGGCUGGCCCGGGCCAUGGUGCUGGGCAUGCUGCUGGUGUUCGUGGUCUGCGUGGCCCCCUAUCACCUCACCCUGGCCCCCUGGGUGGCCAGCCGGAGGCAGAGCCCUGGCUGCAGCCCACCCUCCACCCUGGAUAUCCUGCACACCCUGAGCAUGGCCCUGCUGAGCCUCAACAGCUGCAUUGACCCGCUGAUCUACUGCUUCGCCAUCAAGCGCUUCCGGGCUGAUCUGUGGAGGACGACGCGCAAGGUCGUCCGGUGCCUCCCGCUGCCCCCCUCCCCGCUGGAGAGGUCCAUACCCAAUGUCCGGUCCUCCUCCUUCACCUCCUCCUAG